CGAAGGUUGCAGCAGAGGAAGAGGCUAGGAAGGAAGCAGAGGAGGCUGCUGCUUCUGCAAAGAAAGCGAAGGAAGAAGCUGAAGCUAAGGCUGCACCUGAGAUUGAGGCAAGGAAAAUAGCAGUGGAAGUAGCGGUGGCUGAGACUAAAGUUAAAACCGAAGCAGAGGCUGCUUCUAAGGCAAAAGCAGAGGCUGAAGCUGAAGCCAAGAAAAUAGCAGAAGAAAUCGCAGUUGCCAAAGCAAAGGAAGAAGCUGAAGCGAGGGAAAAAGCAGAGGAAGAAGCAAAGGCCGAGGCUAAAGCUAAAAUGAAAGCAGAAGAAGAGGCAACUGCCAAAGCAAAGAAAGAGUCAGAAGCCAAGGCGAAGAAAAAAGCAGAAGAAGAGGCAGCCGCUAUAGCUGAAGCCAAGAAAAUAGCUGAAGAAGCGGCAGCUGCCAACGCGAAGAAAGCAGCGGAUGCAAGGGAAAAGGAAGAAGCUGCGAUCAUAGCUAAAAUAAAAGCUGAGGAAGAGGCCACUGCGACAGCAAAGAAAAGAGCUGAAGCAGAGGCUAAGGAAAAGACGAGAGAAGAGAUAGCUGCAAGAAUGAAGGCGGAGGCCGAAGCUGACGCCGAGAGAAAAGCAAAGGAAGAACUUGCCGAAGCACAAGCCAAAAGAGCUUUCUUGAGGACUAAACAACCUGCAGAAGUAAAUCGUAUGUCGGAGCUUGAAAGGUUGGAGCAAGAAUUCGGCUUGGGUGACCCGGCAACCGAAGUAUUAGAAAAGAAUGGUUCAUAUUUUUCUGCGAGUGAGAACACCGAUCAAUAUGGUUUGAACGAGCCCUCUAAGGAUUUAGAAGAGAAUGGAUCGUAUUUUUCUGCUUCUGAAAGAAGCGAUCAAUCUUUAGACUAUCAGGAAAGGAUAUCGACUGCUGAGGUUCAGGAUGAUUUCGAAUCUUUAAAUAUAAUUCGAGAGAAGCACGAUAAUAUCGAAAAAGAGCAAUCGGAGGUUACAGCUCGUCUAGCAGAAUUAGGAAGUAUACGAGAGCUGGAAGCUGAACGUCAACGUCAGAAAGAACAGACUCGUGCAAAGGAUUUACUCUUUCUACAAGAAAUCACCGGAGACUCGAAUGGACAGAUGCGCGAAGUUGAAGAAACAGCAACCUCACUUGAAGAAAACCGACUUGAUGACGAGGCAUACGAACUAGCUGAUAAACUUACGAAGGCCGAUGAACAGUACAAACCAACUGACCAAGUGCUGGGAAGUACCACACUUUUGAUGAGAGAAGUGGCGGGGCUGUCACUAAAGGAUUACAAUUCAAAGGAACGAUUUUUCUCAGAAAGAGAUGCAAUGGUGCAUGCAGGUAACACCUUAUCGGUACCAGUGCGCGUUUCUUCACCUGGUACUAUCGUGGAAUUUUCCGUUGAAAAAAAGUCGUAUGAUUUCGGAUUUGGUAUCACAGCAUUUAUGGAUGAAGGGAAAGUUGAAAAAAUUAAGGUACGUAACUCCGACUGAGGUUCAAGAAAAGAAGAUACUUUGAAAAGAGGAAGUCAAUGUCUUGGGAGGUGGUACAUGCUAUCUCAUCUUGGACACGCUGUGUUUUGUCUGUUGUUGAUUGAAAUGUGCACCUUUCGAUAUAGGAAAUGACUUCGUUCCGGAAGAAGACCGAAAGUGAGAGCAUUGUGGUUCCAGCAGGGUGUGCUCCUUGCACAAUGCAAUUCAAAUUUGCUAAUAAUUAUAAGACUCUGUUGGAAAAAGUUCGCUUGGGUUAUGAAAUUCGCGUCAUUCCUCCGUCGGAAGAAACCAUAAAGCUUGGGCGGAGAAAAAGAGCAAAAUCAGCUCUAGAAUUACUGGAAUCGAAACUUUCAUCCCAACGCGAAAUUCUGAAAACUUCAAACGCUCGGGUGGCGGAUUUGGAACGACAGGCAAUCGAGUUAGAAAAAGAAAUAAUCGAAAAGAGUUCCAAACUUGAAUCAAUCCAAGCUGAUGAAGAGCGCUUAAAGAAAUAUUUGGAAUCUGAGCGAUCGCAGCCGUCCACAAGAAGAAUUGACAGCAACAAGUACUUCAAUGAUUUUAACUAAAAAAGCCCUUACGAACCGGUAGGGCAUAAUGGAGUCAUAAUAAUGACAUAAAGAGCAAAUCUUAAU